AUGGCGCUACCUGCUUCUACUGCAUGGUUUGCAGUAUCUUUUAUGAUUUUGGUGGCUUGGGUGCUCCACCAGCGGUACCAGAGCCAACUGAAUCAAUUCCCAGGUCCCAUCCUUGCAUCUCUUUCAGAUAUCUGGCGAUUCGGAUACUCGCUGUACAACAGAAAUGGUGUUCCCUUGGCUGCUUUGCACAGAAAAUAUGGCCCAGUGGUGCGUCUGGGACCGCGCAUGUUAUCGUUUUCCACCCCGGAAGCCAUACAUGAUAUUUACGGACCCAAAAACAAACUCAAAAAGUCGGAAUUCUACAGUGUCAUAUCUCCCGUUCAUGCCGGAGUCAUUAGCCAAACUCUCUUUUCAAAUCUAGAUCAGAAUUCCCAUGCUAGUCAUCGACGAGCGGUUAACUCGGCUUUCUCCAUGAGCUCCGUUCUCUGUUACGAGUCAUAUCUUGAUAAAACUAUCGGAUUGUUUUUCAACAAACUUGACGAGAUUUCUGGGAAGACCGGAAAACAAGGAUGGAUUGACCUCCCAUGCUUGUUCCAAUACUAUGCAUUCGACACCAUCGGAAUGCUCGCCUAUGGAAAGCGGUAUGGCUUCAUUGAACAGAAUUCUGAUAUCAACGGAAUUAUCAAGUCGACGCGGAUGAUACUCGAUUACACUUCAUACGUUGGCAAUUACCCGCUGCUAGACAAAGCAACAAUCAAGAACCCAUUUAUGCUGUGGCUGGGCCGAAUGGGCCUUGUCCAGAUGACCACGCCGUUGAUUCCGUUCGCGAUAAACUCGCAGGCUGGACGACUCGCAGAGAUGCGAGAGAACCCCGAGCGCAAGAAUACUAACCGGGAUAUCCUUGACAGCUAUCUUGCAUUGCAUAGGGCUAAGCCGGAUGUUGUAACCAAUGACAUGGUACUAGAACUGGGCGUGAUGCUGGGGUUUGCUGGGUCGGAAUCGACUGGAGUUGCCCUGAGUGCGUUUCUUUAUCAUGUCACACGUCAUUCAGAUGUUUACCGCCGUGUCCGCAACGAGCUGGCAUCCCAUAUCGACGUCAAUACAAGCCAUGUCUCGUACACAAAGGCCCAAAGCAUGCCAUACUUUGAUGCCUGCGUGAAAGAGUCUUUCCGAAUCCAUCCCCCCAGCGGCUUCGUGAUGGAGCGUGUUGCUCCUCCGCAGGGGGUGGAGAUUGCCGGAUACAAAGUUCCUGGUAAUGUAAUUGUUGGCUGCAAUCCACACGCUGUACAUCGUGACAAGGCUACGUUUGGAGAGGAUGCAGAUAUGUAUCGUCCUGAGCGAUGGCUCGAGGCUAGCGAUGCGAAAGCGCGCGAGAUGUGGAAGGGAAUGCUGCAUUUUGGUAGCGGAUCACAUACUUGCUUGGGGCGGCAUAUUAGCGUGAUGGAGGUGUAUAAACUGGGUGCGUCGUUGUUGCAUAACUUCAAGGUAUUUUCUCGCAUCAUUGCCUGUUUUGUGUGCCUAUACUAA